CUUGGAUUAAUCUAAUCAAUACUUUUACUCUACUAUCUACAGUUUUACCGAGUAUACUUUUAACCGGACGCGACGACACAGCAGCACCGCCACAACACCAAUGACAACCGUGCUGAUUACUGAAGCAUCCAUAUAACCCAUCGUCUUUCAAUCCACCGUUUCUACAAACCAUCUCAAUGGACGGAUCUAGAUCGCUCGCGUCGGCAGUCGCCAUCCCCGACCAAGACGACCCCAGCGCCCUCCCCACGCGAUCCCCCCCAGACCCCACCCUCAAGCGCCGAAAAUCCUCCAUCUCCAGCCCGCCACCACCCUCCCCAGACAACAAGCGUCGCCGAUUGAGCGCCGACCAGCGACAACCAUCUCCAACAUCAGCAGAAACCACAGAGCGAGCGCCGCGCAGACCACCCGGGAAACGCGACGACGAGCGCCGGCGCGGACAGCGCUUAUUCGGGGCGUUACUGGGGACGCUCUCGCAGGGGUCGUCGAACUCCGCGGCGCAGCGACGACGCGCGGAUAUCGAGCGCAAACAGCAGGAUAAGCUCAAGGUGCGGGAUGAGGAGUAUGGGGAGUUGAAGAAGAAGAGGCGGGAGGAGAGGAUUGCGUUGCGGAAGAAGGAGAAGGGGGUUUAUGAGGAGGAGAUGAUGCGCACGCGCCAUACGAAUCUCCUGGCUACGGCACGGUUCCUCAAGACGAGGUCGGAGCCUGUACUCUACUACAAACCGUGGCAACUCCGGUCGCGCGAUGAACGGAUCAUACAGGAACAGAUUGAAGAGGCGGAGGCGACGGUUGCGAGAGAAAAGGCCGAGUUCGAUGCGCGUCCUCGAGAGGUGGACACGCAGGAGACUGGAGAGCGAGAUGAUGGGGAACAGAAACCGCAGACUACAGCUGACGAGAACGGAUCUGCGAAUACCACCAAUAAGAGACCCGAUAACGAGACGGAGAAUACGUUGGAAGAGCACAAGCCUGAAGAGAGCAAAUCUGAAGAGAACACAAAAGCAGAAGAACCCCAGAAAGAGUCAGAAACAGGUGUCGACUCUCACCACAGUGACAUCCCUGAGGCUAGUGCGGGCCAUGAUGCGGAUAUCCAUCGGGGCGCGGAGGAUGACGGAGGAGAGGUGGUGGAAGAUCAAGAGGAUACGGUGAUCUACUAGCAUGCCAUAUGAUGUGUGUGUAUCGUGUAUUAACUACCAAUUUGUUUGAGCGUCUGAUGUUGCGAUGUAUCAGCAUGUUACGAUACCUCUUAUCUGCAUAAUGGAUAUGCUUGAGUGGCU